UUCCGUAUUUCGCAGAACCACAGAAUUCGAGGCUUGCUUGAGAAAUGCUCUUUAGAUCAUGAAGCAAGGAUGGAGAAUUUACAGAAUGAGAUGAGAGCAAGAGCUUUAUCUGAUGCAAAAUGGAGGCAAAUUCAGCAAGAUCUGAACCAUUCUUUAGACAUUGACUACUCUGUAUCUCCUGGUGAUUUGCAACCAUUAGAGAUGAUCGGCGAACAAGGUGAUGCUCUUAGAGGAAGAUAUAUACGUAGGUUGACUGCUGUUAUUAUUCAGCAUGUACCUGCCUUCUGGAAAGUUUCUGUUUCAGUUUUCAGUGGGAAAUUUGCAAAGACUUCCCAAGUGUCUUCUGAUUCAAAUGUCAAUGUCUCUGCAAAGAGAACUGAAGAAAAAGUAGGAGACGGAAAGUACUCAAGUCAUUCUCUUGAUGAAGUUGCUGGAAUGUUGCAGAGUACUUUAUCAGCUUAUGAAUCCGAGGUUCAAAACACAUUUCGAGAUCUUGAAGAAUCAAAUAUUCUUCGCCCAUACAUGAGCGAUGCCAUAAAAGAGAUAUCUAAAGCAUGCCAAGCCUUUGAAGCCAAAGAAUCAGCGCCUUCAGUUGCUGUUACAGCAUUGCGCAACCUUCAGUCUGAGGUCACAAAAGUUUACAUAUUGAGGCUCUGUUCUUGGAUGCGGACUACAACUGAGAAGAUAUCAACAGAUGAAUCCUGGGUCCCAGUAUCUAUUUUAGAAAGGAACAGAUCUCCAUAUACAAUUUCUUCCUUGCCUCUGGCUUUCCGUUCAAUUAUCACAUUUUCGAUGGAUCAGAUCAAUCUAAUGAUUCAGUCUUUGAGGAAUGAGGCUAUGAAGUCAGAGGACAUAUUCAUGCAGCUUCAAGAAAUUCAGGAAUCUGUUAGACUUGCCUUUUUGAACUGUUUGCUUAAUUUUGCCGGCCAACUGGGGCACACUGGCAAUCAGCUUCUGGAAGAAUAUAAUAGAGAAAGUUUACAUUUUCAAAACGGACAUGCUGAACCAGAAGAAAAAUCAUCGGAUCCUCUUCCUGGAAGUAUUGUAGAUCCACAUCGACAGUUGCUGAUGGUUGUAAGUAAUAUUGGGUAUCUCAAAGAUGAACUUGCUCUUGAAUUGUACAGCAAGUACAGACGAACUUGGCAGCAGCCUAGGGGUAAGGAUGAAGAGGAUGGUGAUAUGCAAGAUCUGAUUACGUCUUUCUCUGGGCUCGAAGAGAAUGUGCUUGAGCAGUAUACUUUGGCGAAGACAAAUUUGAUUAGAACAGCUGGUGUAAACUAUUUGUUGGAGGGUGGUAUACAAUGGGGUGCUGCACCAACAGUUAAGGGAGUGCGAGAUGCUGCUGUGGAAUUGCUACACACUUUAGUUGCUGUACAUGCAGAGGUCUUUGCCGGUUGUAAGCCUCUAUUGGAUAAGACACUUGGUAUUCUUGUUGAAGGCCUAAUAGACACUUUCCUAAGCCUUUUCCAUGAAAACCAAGAAAAAGAUUUUACGGUUUUAGACGUGAAUGGCUUUUGUCAGCUUAUGCUUGAGCUUGAUUAUUUCGAGACCAUAUUGAACCCUUAUUUUACACAUGAAGCAAGGGAGUCUCUGAAAACUUUACAAGGGGUCCUCUUAGAGAAAGCGAGUGAGAGUGUGACAGAGACUAUUGAGACUCCAAGUCAUAGCCGUCGGCCAACACGUGGAAGUGAUGAUGUACUUCAGGAUGAAAGGCAGCAAGGGACGUCUGUAUCACCUGAUGACCUGAUUGCUCUUGCGCAGCAGUAUAGUUCUGAGCUACUUCAAUCUGAACUUGAGAGGACCCGAAUCAAUACGGCAUGCUUUGUGGAGUCAAUUCCUCUAGACUCUGUCCCAGAAUCAGCAAAAGCAGCUUAUGCUUCUUUUAGAGGAUCAAUGGAUUCUCCUGGUAGAGAUUUUAGAGGAUCUCAAAAUAUUGGACCAGCAAGCUUCUCAAAGCAUAGACAUCGAUAAAUUAUAGGUCUAUUUUCUAGUCUCAAGGACGAGUUGAGUUUAACAGUACCAAGGAUGUACGAUGAUUGGCUGUUGGACGACAGUCUUAUGUCCUGUGUUUAGUGAUUUCAAGUUUUCCAGUUACCAUCCCAUAUCUCGAGCUGCACAGUGGGGAAGCCUCUUCAUUCGAGUUGUGAGACACAUAAGACCAUAGGUGAUUUGACAAAUUAAUGUCAAGGUGUAUCGCACAAGUUUUCGUUCUAUCCAAAUUAGCAAGGGCCAUAGUAUUGUAUGGCUUCCAAUUUUGUUUACUUUUAGAAGUCAGCUUCAGCUGCUUUGAUCUAAGAUAAUCUUUUGGAGAAGGAAUUGGUCUUCACUAGAUCAGUAUAAUAAUGAUGGGAAAGCAAGGUAUUUCUCUUUGGGAAAUAUGGUGUUUUAAAAAGCCCCUUCAGUUUCUGUAUUUUCUUGCCAGAAAAUUUUGGUGAAAAGUGGGGAGUUACUUGCAGUUUCUCUUGUUUCAUUAUCCAGUUCAUGCAAUGAUGCAUCCUUUUUAAA